AUGGCAUACUAUGGGCAUAUCACAAUUGCACUUUUUGGCGAGGAGGCUCCCAAGACGGUGGAGAAUUUCAUGGCGUUGGCCAAUAUGACCAAGGGGUACGGCUACAGAAACGUCAAGUUCCACCGGAUAGUCAAGGACUUUGUGGUUCAGGGAGGAGAUUUCGAAAAAGGAGACGGCACAGGCGGCUACUCCAUUUACGGUAAGAAGUUCCCAGACGAAACGUUUUCAAUUCCACAUAACAAGAAAGGUCGUCUCCUGAUGGCCAAUCUGGGUCCAAAUACCAAUGGAGCUCAGUUCUUCAUAACAACCACACAAGACUGUCUGUGGCUCAAUGGCAAGCAUGUUGUUUUCGGCCAGCUUGUAGGAGGCAUGGAUAUCAUUGAGGAGAUGAACAACGUGACUCUUGAUGAAAACGGCAAACCUUCCGUGAACUACUUCAUCACUGGAGGGCAGAGCACGAAGAUCGACACGAAAAACCAAAAGCUGUAUGAGCAGUUGAAGAAGGAGGAGGAGAUUUACCAGGCUGCUCUUCGUGGAGAAACCACCUUGAUCAAUGACCAGGUGCACCCUGUGGAGACCUUGCAGGAGGAUUCCAUGGGAGGGUAUAUCUUUUUGGGAGCUUUUUGUUUGGUUGUUUUGCUUGCAUGGAGGAUGACCAAGAAGGUCAGGAGGAGCAUGGGAGUGAGGUUCAAGGGGUGA